CUGAGAGCCAUGUUUAGAAGAUGUUCUGCCUUUUAGGUAGAUUUAAUAGUAAAAUCCUAUCGUAAUACUGGCUCGUCGAGGCGAGCCAGCAUAAACCAUUAAAACGGAGAGAGAAAUGCACCGAAAACGAAAGUUGGAUAGCAGGAAGUAAAAUAUAAUUAUGUACGCAAUGAAUCAUCAAGGUGAACUGGAAAAAAAGAAGUAUAGAAACUGGGUGAGAGAUGGACUGGCGUAUAAAUAUCUUAAAGAAGGUAUAGAAGGAUUUGCUGAUGAAGUGAUUCAUCAGGAACACACCAGAAUUCUUAAUGCUGUCAGUCACACCCCUGGACUCACUUGUAACCAGUGUUGUCUUAGAAAUCUGCGACCACUGCAUACGUGUAAAAAAGACCAUGCUGGCAGGAACAAGUGUCCAUGGGAUCAACUCAACUGUAAUUGUCUCUAUCCAAAGAAGCAGGCUUGCCCUGAUAAUGUAUGUGACACGAUUAUGGAAGACAUACUCAAAUGUCAUGGAUCCACACCGCCCACUCCAAACUGGAAAAAUACAGAUAUUCAGAAAUGGUGUGCAGCUCCAUGGGAGAUUGCCAAAUGUUUCAUCAAUGCACCGGGAUAUUCAAACAAGACAAAGGCACCUGAUAUUGACACACCUGGGUUGCUUCAUGUAUUCAUCAACAACAUCCAUCUUCAGUCGCAUUUUUCAGACAGCAUUAAUUGGAACGACACUUUGAAGAAGAUUCUACAGAGAAGAAAUGAAUUAUUCCAUUCAUCGACAAUGGAGAUGGAAGACACUAAGUUGGAUGAAUGUAUAGACGAAAUCAUAGCAGUUCUUAAGGAUGAAAAGAACUAAAAGCGAGGAACGAUGCUCAACAAGCUGUCUAUAAACUUAAACAGUUAAAACGGGAAACCUUUAUCAUCACUACACACAUCGAGGCCGAAGUGUGCAGAGAUGCUCUGGCCUCUAUUACCAAGAAGUCAGAGGAAAUGAAACAAACUAUUCAAGACGCAAAAUAUGACAUAGUUAAGAAACAAAAAGAAGUCACAGACGCAAUUGAAGUCAAGCGAAAAAAAGCUGCAGACGCUAUUCAAGGCGCAAAAGGUGACAUUGAAACAAAGCAAACAGAAGCUGUGAAAGCUAUUCGAGACGCAAAUGAUUAUUUUUGUAUGAAAGCAAAAGAGGCUACCGACAAAAUUCAAGACAUGAAAGCUGACAUCGACGAGAAACAGAAAGAAGCUGCAGAAGCAAUUACAGAUAUAACACAAAAAGCUCUGCAAGACGCUCUGCAAGAAAUGGAGAAACACAGUGUGCUUGAAAGAGUAGAGCGGCUUGAACUAGAUAGUUCUGUUUCAAAACAGCGGCUUACAUUACUAGAGAGUGAAAUAGACAAACUAGAAAAGAUACGUCACAAUCGUCUGAAACAGUUAGACUACGCUGAAGGAAAACAAGUGUUGCAGAAAGGGUUGGUGACAAUUUACCAGAAUCAUUACGUGAAAACAUCAAUUUCACCGCUCAAACACAAAGAGAACAAUUUAAACAUAACAGAAGUUUAUGUAGCCCCAAAAAUGGUAGCGGAAGACAACAUGGACAAAAGUGAAUCACAGACCAAAGAAAAGUCACAGAAAAAGCCCAGUACCAGAACUAUACAACAAUAUAGAGAGAUACUACAAACGAAUGGUCGAAAACACAAAAACAUACAUAUUGUAGGUGGUGUUGGGACAGGAAAAAGUACAUUUUGCAAAAUGAUGAUUAAGAAUUGGUGUUCGGCGGUAACAGACGGGAGUCCUAUACCUGCUAACGAUAAUGAUAAGUGUAAAGAACCCCGCAGGACUGUAGGAAGUGAAAAGUAUGAUCUGUUUUCUGCUGUAAACGAUGGUAAUAUCAAUGAGAUGAGAAAGUUUGAAUUUCUUUUCUUCGUACCUUUACAGAGAAUGUCAGGACUGGGCGAUAUUACCGAAAUGAUCGAAGCUAUAGUCAAAGCUUUCGGUCUUACAACAGAUGACUUCAUUGACAGAAUAUUUGAGCAGGAAUCGGAACGCUGUCUCAUCGUUGCAGAUGGUUUGGAUGAAUGGACUUACCCAAAAGCUGCAUCUGUUUUACAACAUGUCAGCUGUGGUUUACCAAAUAGAGACGAGGCACGACGGGCUACUCUUAUCACACUUUCUCGUCCGUCAGCUAAAGGAAUUCUGAACAUGAAGUCUUCUGAAUAUGAUCAAAAUGUGGAAUUAGUUGGAAUAAUAUCUGUUCAACAUUUCAUUGAAAAAUACCUGUCAAAGUUCAAUAAUACAGAUCUGUCUUAUUGUAUAUUGAUGAUGAAAUUAAAAAUGACAAAUCAUGAACAUCUAGAGAAAACUCCCCUGCUUUUGCAACAACUUGUAUGGUUGUAUGGCUCCGGAAAUAGGAUUGGAAAGUCUGUUAGCGAUACAUACAGUCAUCUUGUGAAUAUUAUGCUUGGCUGGUCUCAGAACAAAGAAGAGGGAGAAAAAGAAGAUCAAACUGGAGUAACAAAUGAAUGGAGAGGUAUACAGCUGCCAGGCCUUCUGCAGAAAUUUCCAAGAUUUGAAGCAAACAAACGAUUUCUAGUCCAGUUAGCGAGAGUUGCGUUUGAAGCGUUGACUUCUGAGAUGGGAUCAAUCACAUUCAGUCCAUCACAUCUUCGAAAGAGCGGUGUUUCGAAAGAGGGUAUAUCUACAUUAAUUAAAUUAGGUAUUCUAACUGAAAAAAAUUGUAUUGAUCCAACUCUAGAAAACACUCAGAUGGAAUUCAUUCAUAUAUCUUACCUCGAGUUUUUCGCAGCUGUAUAUGUUUCAAGCUAUACUAAUGCAAAUCAACGACCGGUACUUCUAAAUACCGUUUUGCAUGAACUCUUUACAAAGUGCCAUUCUGUUGCCGACAUUCUACAGUUAUCAAACAUGCUCAAAAUGAUUUGUGGAUUAUCUCCAUUCCUUAUAUCAGAAUUGUCAAAAUUAAUCUCAAAUAUUGCAAGUCGGGAUGAAAGUAUGGUAACGUACAGAAACUCUUUACAAGAAAAUAUAGAAACCCGGAAAGAUAAUGUGUCAGAUCAGAUUCAACGGCUGAUAUUUAGUUCUAUCCAUGUGUGAUGCAGAUGAUCCGCCAAUGGUCAGUCUGUGUGAUGUUAUCAUGGACCGCUGUCCAGACAUGUCCUUUCUACAAAGAAUAAUACCAGGGAAUGUACUAUCUCUUUAUGCUAGCGGUAUCUCAAAUGCAGAAGUAUUUAGUUGGAUUGCACGACCAAAAAAAUGUCUACAAUAUAUGCGCAUUGAUUAUUGUAGGUUGCCGCAUAGUGAGACGAUAUUGGUAUCCUCAAUGAUAGGAGAAGCACCUUUAAAGCACCUUAUAUUGUACUGUACAGUAUGCAGCUGUUCUAACUGUCACGGUCAUACAAUUAAUCUUUCAAAGAAUGAGCAGCUACAGAAACUUGAGCUUAUAAAAUGCACCCGAGUGAAAAUUUCUAACGUAAGUACUAAACAUCUUGAAGUGUUAAGUUUGGACUCUUGUAGCCUACCAUAUAUUGAUUUUCUAGUAAAUGCCAGCAGUCGGACUAAACUUUGUUUCAAAUUUCUUUUCCUUGAUGAUUUUAAAUACAAGAAACAGUUGAAUUCUGUGGUACAUAUCUUACAGAAACUGCGGAAAUUCAAAUUAGAGUGUGUAGACGUUGCUGACAUUGCUCUCAUUGUAACACCCAGGAUGAAAAAACCUGGAACACAUUGAACUAUGGAGUCUCAAUAAGCUUGCAAACGUGGCGUAGAUUCGUCGAUGUUCAUCUUACUCUUCAACAAUCUGUACAGGUGGAUAGAGCAGGUUGUUUUAUUUGUGAAGAAGUGAACGGAGAACGAUUGAACUAUGUAAGAAAGAAUACUAUCCUGUUUCUAGUGAUAGAAGAUGACGGGAUCAGUUUCAGUUUUAGGACAAACAAAUAAUUUUGAAAUCUGCAAUUAUUGAGAACUUAACAUCAAAACAUUAAAUUAUGAUAAUCAAACUUUAACUGACUGAGCUUUGGUUUAAACAGUUCGAAAUGAAGUCUUCGAAGAAGACUUACAUGAAUUCGUUACUUGAGUGUGUAAGAUUUAAUGGCGUUGGUCAAAAUUUUGAGUAACUUAAAGUUUCAGACACUUGGUCAAAUUUGAUAUUUGUAUAAUGUUUUAGAAAGUUUAAGAUUAAACAUACUAAAUCAAUUGUGCAAUGAUUCAAACUGCAUUAAAAGAUUUUGCUAUCAAUGACUUGUUUCUAGAAAAGAAUUGUUUAAACAUAUAAUCAGUGGGAGUAACCAGAGUUAAGGACUGGAACUGACGUACUGUAUUCUAUAUUCGCAUCAGA